UUGUCCUUCAGGCGCUGUACGCGCAUGCGCACUGAAGGCGUGCCCACAGAAAGAAACGGUUGUGCUGAGUUGUACGACGAUUUGGCUGAGCACUGCUUGUUCUCGCUGAAAGCCAGGAAGGAUGCGUUUGUUCGGCUCAUGUGGAGUUCAUUUUUGAGUCGUGAUAUGUAUUUAUGAGUGCUAAUGAACACAUUCGCGAAAAAAGUAGGAACUUGUAAAGGCGAAUGUGUUUAGUGAAGGGAGGAAACAGUGAAGCUAGUUACCUGAGGAUGAAAGUACAAACCGUCGGUUGCACGCGAGACUGUUGGUAAAGGCUCCACAAACUCACUGGAACUUAAUCUUACUGGAAACUGCAUGCACCUUCAACUCUAACCUAAUCAUAAAAGAUACAAAUUAACUCCUCUGGAAUAUCUACUAUUUGGGAUUAUAAAUUUGCAAAGAUGCCCAUCUUGAAGCAAUUAGUGUCAAGCUCAUCUCAGACCAAGCGACGCUCUCGCAUGGACCUUACUACAGAAAUGAUUAGUGCUCCGCUAGGAGAUUUUCGUCACACCAUGCAUGUGGGCAGGGGUGGUGAUGCUUUUGGAGACACAUCCUUUCUCAGCAGCCGCUCUGGCGAGUCUCCACAAGAUACCAGUUCUAAUCCCCGCUCUCCCAAGCUGGGCCUACUGUCCAGAACCUUCAGAAGCAGCAAGCGGUCUCAGUCUGUCACUCGUGUGGAUCAGCGUGAUGGCACACAACUACCCCCAAGUGACUCGCCGACAUACGUGAAGAACGCCCUGUCACUGCCUUUUCUGAAUGAUGGGGAUGGAGAUACCAAUGGCGGUAGGUUGCUCAAGAGCUUAGCCUCCAGCCCCCUGAAGCAGCAGGCCUCCAAUGGUGCAGCCGCCCAUUGCCUAGACUUGGAGCUCCAAGAGAGAUCCUUCGGGGAGCUGACUGACUUGAGACCCUCUCCAGCUUAUAAUGGAGGAGGCAUGAAGCACGCUGAGUCAGUUAUGUCAUUUCAUGUUGAUCUCGGGCCUUCUAUGCUAGGAGAUAUUCUAGGAGUCAUGGAGAAGGAAGAUGACGACCUGGGCUUCGAGGAGGGCAAAAACAGUGAUGGACAGGCUUCCCCUCUUCUCAGCCACCAAAGAUUGGAAGAAGAGGAGGGAAUGAGAGCAGAGAAGGUGAAAAUAGAAGAGGAGGAGCAGGAGAUGGACCUGGAGGUGGGCCAAGAGGCUACUCUUCAUGCACCCAGUUCAGAAGAUCUGGAAAUUAAAAGUGAGGUCAUUAGCACUCCUGAAUCUCAACACAAACACCUGGGGCACUCUGACAGCUGCUCUGUUUCUAGCUCUGGCUCCCAAGCCAUGGAGGACAAACAAAUCUUCCAGCCUUAUCAAGGAGACAUAGACAGCACUAAUUACUAUCACCCUGGGGAGGAAGGCGCUUUCUCUUCGUUCUUGGAGGACGAGGAUGAUGAGAUCCGUGUGUGAGACUCUAAGCCCUGUGGAUUGUGUAUGGUGUUGGAGACAUGUAAGCAAAUGAGGCACCAUGUUAAAUGAAACUGAAAGUCUAUAACUGUUGCUGGACCCUGUUAGGGAUCUGAGCAAAACACGUCUAAUGGUCGAGCAGCACCACUGUCAGACAUGUUCACACAGCCUGGGUUUGGCAAUUGCCACUUUUUGCUACUGGAGACCCAUGAAGAUGAAGAAAAGAAACAUCUUGAAUGCCUUAACCUCAUAACUUGCCUUUGCAUCUUCUGACUCCAAUAUUAUUUGUGUGCAAGGUUUUUGGUAAUGUGUAUACAGAUGCUGGCUAAUGGUAUGUCCUAACAUGUUUUUCACUACACAAUAAGCACAUUCUUUGCUUAAGGUUUAAAGUAGCAUGCAGCUAAUGCUAGUAUGCCCACAGGACAUGAUGCGUAUCUGCUUGGCGUGUAGAUGAGUGCAAAACCUUGACGGUAAUUACAGCAUUAUAGUGUGUGUGAAGAUUUUUGGUUACACAUUCUGUUAGACACUGUCAUUAAGGUGGCUGACAGCGUAGGAUGGGAAAUCAUUCUAUAAUAAAGAUAACACACCAGAAACUGAACGGGUGGUGUAGUGGCAGAUGUUUUGUGUUCCGUUUUCCCUCCACUAACUGUCCAUAAUUCUGUGUUAGCAGUGGUGACAGCUGGGAAGUGUAAUGUAAGGGGAUUCAUAUUUGUAGAGGAUUUUGUAUACUCGUUGCCUGCGUGGUGUUUUUCUCUCACCACUUCCUUCCUCAUCAUGUGACAGUAAUUUCUAGCUCUGCAGCUGGUUGGUUAAGAAGGUGCAGAAGAUUUGCUGUAUUAAGUUGUGCUGUCAGAAACAGACUGGGAGAUUUUGUUGAAAUUGGGUUUUCCUGCUUGGUUUUAUUUUAGCAAAUAAGAAGACACUGCACUAAUGAAGUUAAACUUGGUUUUGGUAUGAGAGAGUAUUUCAUUCAGCAUCACUGUAUACUGUUAAAAUCACCUGGGUGAGGGACAACAUGUACACUAACUUGUACUUAGUUUAUUUGUUCACAGAAUUCAUGCUGUAAAAUGUGAUUAUGUGAGGCCUUUACUUCUGCCUAGUCUGUGCUGAUGUGCUUGCCUAUUAUAGCUUACUUAUUUGUGUUUUUUGUAGGCUAUAGAGAAUACUGUUCUAAAAAAAAAAGUGCUGCACUGUAAGAAAUCCCUGCAGAGUGUUUAGUAGCAGGGUUGUCUUCAGCCUUAUGCAAAAAUCACAAAAAGUGCCAAAUUUAGUGUCAUGUAAUCCUAAGCAAAACUAGCAAUUUGUAUAUUAUCAAAAAAGGGAUUUUACAGUCUGGGUCCCUAAGUGUCUUUAUACAAAUAAGAGGCUAAAACCUCAUAUUUAAUUCACUGAAAUGCUUAGCUUGGGUGUACUUGCUUAAACCACAGAAAAGCAAGAUCACAGAAGUUCCAUGUUUUUUUUUUUUUUUGUUUUGUUUUUGUUAUUUUUUUUUUUUAUUUGCUUUGAAUAUAAGAAAGUUAAUAUGGAGAAAUGGUUUCAGAUUUGCUGUGCCAGCUGAAUUUUAAAUUGAGAGGUUUGAAUCCAGUCUUGUUAAUGAUAACACUGUUUAUUAUUGCAUUUUGCUAGUCUUUAUUACUUUGUCCUCUUAUACCUACAUUUCUUGCUUGGAUGGCCUUGUUUUGAAAAUGCAACAUAACUAUAUUUUUCAAUAAAAGGAUAUUAUCACCAA